GUUCGACUCGGCACAACCUCUCAGCGACCCUCGACACCCGAGCACCUCGCCCCUCGUUGUCGCCGACCCGCCUCGCCGACCCCGUCCUCCUCAUCUCUUGAACCCUCCCAGGCUCGCACAGCCACCCGCCUUCACCCACCCCCUCGUACACCCGCCAUGCCGCCCAAGAAGCAGGACAACAAGCCCAAGAAGGCCGCCGUCGACAAGACGUUCGGCAUGAAGAACAAGAACAAGUCGACAAAGGUCCAGCAGCAGGUCAAAAUCAUCCAGCAGCAAGAGGCCCAGAAGGGCGUCAACAAGGACGUCCUCGCAAAGAAGGCCGAACGCGAGCGCAUCGACAACAAGAAGAAGCAGGAGCAGGCCAAACGCGAGCUCGAGGGCGACCUGUACGGCGGCCUCGACUUGAUCGUCCAGCCCAAAGUCCCCUUUGGCGUCGACCCCAAGACGGUCCUCUGCGCGUUCCACAAGGUCGGCAAGUGCACCAAGGGCUCAAAGUGCAAGUUCUCGCACGACCUCAACGCCGACCGCAAGGGCGCAAAGGCGAGCGUCUACGCCGACCAACGUGACGAGAAGAAGCAGGGUCCCGCAGAGGGCAGCACGAUGGAGAACUGGACCGAGGAGCAGCUGCGAGAGGCCGUCAGCAAGAAGGGCAACCUCAAGGCGACGACCGACAUUGUGUGCAAGCACUUCCUCGAGGCCAUCGAGGACCAGAAAUACGGCUACUUCUGGCAAUGCCCGAACGGCGAGAACUGCAUCUACCGCCACGCCCUCCCGCCCGGAUUCGUCCUCAAGAGCCAGCGCAAGAAGGAGGACGACGACGCCAAGACCCGCGAGAUCUCGCUCGAGGAGUUCUUGGAAGUCGAGCGCCACAAGCUCGACCAGUCCAAGCUCACGCCGCUCACCAAGGAGUCGUUCGCCGAGUGGAAGAAGACGCGCGUGUCCAAGAAGGAGGCCGAGGAGCAGGCCGUCCAGUCGGCCAAGUCGGCGACGGCCGCCGCGGGCAAGCUGAGCGGCCUGAGCGGCCGAGACCUGUUCACGUUCAACCCGGAAAUGCUCGGCGCCGACGACUACGACGACGACGACGCUGGCGACGACGACGACGAGUGGGACCUGGACGCGCUCCGGGCAAAGACGGAGCGUGCGCGCGAGGAGCGCGAGCUCGAGCGGUCCGUCCCUCUCCCUCUUCCUCUCGAGUCUCUUUGCGGGUUCUGA